GCCGGACAGUGUGGUGGGGUCGCUCUCCAGUUCAACUGGCUCAAGUCGAUCCAAAUCGUUCAGGUAUCGCACUAAAGCUUUACAUUCACAAGUGGACGAGAGUCUGUUUGGAAUGAAGCCAGUAAAAGACAACAGUCCCGACUCACAGAAGAAUCGUAACGGGCAGAGGAAAGUGGUAUCAGCACCAACAAGAGUUUAUAAACCAGAGACAAUCCAGAUUAUAACCAGCGAUCUGAUUCGGGAUCUUGUGGUCCCCUCACAAGACCCUUCCGGGAUGUCUCUGAUUAUGACCCCACAGGAUUUUAGCCGAGUCAAGUCAGCAGCUCGAGUUUUUACUAAAGACGAGGAAUUGAUGGCGACGCAGUCCUUGAAGCAGGCGAAAGAGGAGGCCAUAGAGGCAGUAAACGAGCGCAAGAACUACAUGAAGCAAAAGGAGAUGCUGCGGAAAAAGAACGAGAAGCUGAGUGAGCUGGAGGAGGAGGCCCAGCAGAGGGCGCAGUAUUUGUUACAGAGAGCCAACACCCUGCGCAUGGAGCAAGAGGACGAGAUCAAAAGACUCAAUGAGGUAAUCCUACAUACCAAGUGUCACGCCAUCCGCGAUGCCCAAGUCCUGGAGAAAAAUCAGAUAAGCAAAGAGUUAGACACCGAAGAGAGAAGGUUGGACCAGAUGAUGGAGGUGGAGCGACAGAAAGCCAUUAGGAUGCAGGAGGAGGUAGAGGAGAAGCGGAAACAAGAGAAGAUCAGAGGAAAGAUGCAUAUUAUCCAGCAGAUGGAGGAAAAUCAGGAAUCAAGAAUUCUGACGGAAGAGCAGAAAGAGCAAGAGGCUCAGCAAAUGCUACAGUACUUGGAGGAGCUUCAGAUGCGAGAUUAUGAGGAAAUGAAAAGAAAGCGUCAGGAGCAGCUGGAGAUUCAGGCCGAGAUCCAACAAAUUAAUGCAGAAAAUACAAAAAAGAAGAUGGCAAGGAAGGAGCAGGAGAGACUGGCAGACCUGCGAGUGCUGGAGUACAACAAGCAGAAAAUGGAACGAGAGGCUGAAUAUGAAGCUGAGCAGCUGAGGAUAAAGAAAGAGAAGGAGCUAGAGGUUGCCCGACUGCGAGCUCUGCAGGAAAGAGCUAGGGACUACCGAGCAGAACAGGAUGCUCUGAGAGCAAAGAGAAACCAGGAAGCUAUGGAACGUGCCUGGAGACGGAAAGAAAAGGAAAUUGCCCAGAAGCAAGCGGAGAUCAACUCCAUGAUGAAGCAGACACGGAUGGAGCAGAUUGCACAGAAAGAACACUGCCUGGCCGUGCAGGCACAGAGGGACCGAGCAGAGUUCAAUAGAGUGCUGAGAGAACAGCGAAUCAUAAUUGAGAAAGAACGCAAAGAGCUAGAAGAGAAGAACACCCAGCUGAUGAAGCAUGCAGCAGAGCUCAGGCGCCAGGUCCGUGAGAAUGAGCAGAAGCAGGUCUUGGCGAGAAUUGACUACUUUGAAGAAGGCAAGAGGCUGGAUGAAGAAGCCCGUCAACGGAGGGCUCGUCUGGAUGAACUGAAACAGAAGAAGCUGGAGGAGCUCAGAAUGGCCGGCCUUCCAGACAAGUACCUCUCAAUGGUCAUGCGAAAGGCUGAAGUCCCUACCACUUUGGUUCAUUGAGAAGAGAGAAAAAUAACAUUAUAUAAAAUAUAUAUUUGUCUCACAGUCUGUGCUAUUCUCAAUAGUCUCUUAUCAAAACCGUCUUUGGGUUUUUUUUCCAACACAUUUACAUGUAUUUCAAAUAAAUAAAAUGAUGUUGUUGGCCAAUGU